AUCAAUUUUAACAAAUUGUUUGUUGCACUCAGGAAGGCAGACAUGAGGGAUGAGUUUACUAGGGUUUUCGACAAACUGAGAGAGAAGAAACAGUUUGCACUGGACUUAUGGGGCUACAAUAUAUGCAUUCAUGCAUUUGGGUGUUGGGGUGAUCUGGGUAUGUCCCUGAGCUUCUUCAGAGAGAUGAAGGAAAGGAGUCAGGGCUCUGAUGGUUCAUUUGGUCCAGAUUUGCGCACAUACUACAGCCUGAUUCACAUUCUGUGCUUGGCCGGGAAGGUUAAGGAUGCUCUUAUUGUUUGGGAGGAAUUGAAGGAUUCUGGUCACGAACCCGAUGCCUCCACCUACCGAAUCAUUAUACAAGGCUGUUGUAAAUCCUAUCGGAUAGACGAUGCGACAAUAAGAUUUAGUGAGAUGCAGCACAAUGGGUUUUGUCCCGAUAAUGUUGUUUAUAACUCCCUCUUAGAUGGGUUGCUCAAGGCUAGGAGACUUACAGAAGCAUGCCAACUGUUCGAGAAAAUGGUUGAGGAUGGUGUGAGGGCCUCCUGUUGGACAUACAAUAUACUGAUUGACGGAUUGUUCAAAAAUGGAAGAGCUGUAGACGGAUACACACUGUUUUGUGAUUUGAAGAAGAAAGGACCGUUUGUGGAUGGGAUUACGUAUAGCAUUGUCAUUUUGUGCCUUUGUAGGGAGGGCCAGAUUGAGGAUGCCUUGCAGUUAGUGGAGGAGAUGGAAGGCAGAGGCUUUGUUGUUGAUCUAGUUACCAUAACAUCACUCUUGAUUGGGCUUCAUAGGCAAGGCCGUGGGGAGUGGACAGAGAGGCUCAUGAAACACAUCAGGGAUGGCAAUCUGGUACCAACCUUGCUUAAGUGGAAAGCCAAUAUGGAAGCUUAUGUUGAAAGCCCACAGAGCAGAAAUAAGGAUUUCACACCUAUGUUCCCAUCUAAAGGUGACUUCAGCGACAUCAUGAAUUUGAUAAGUUCAUGUGACAUGGGGAUUGAUAUUGGCCCUGAUUUAAAGGCUGAUGGGCAACAAGAUCAGGAGUUCCCUUCCAGUGACACUGAUCCGUGGUCGUCAUCCCCAUAUAUGGAUCGGUUGGCCAAUCAAGUGAACUCCAAUGACCAUUCUUUUCAAACGUUCUCGCUGUCUAGGGGAAGAUGAGUUCAAGUGAAAUGUGUAGACUCUUUUGAUAUUGAUAUGGUCAAUACCUACUUGUCAAUAUUUUUGGCCAAGGGAAAGCUCAGUUUAGCCUGCAAGUUGUUCGAGAGUUUCACCAAUAUGGGUGUCAACCCCGUGAGUUACACUUACAAUUCCAUGAUGAGCUCAUUUGUGAAAAGGGGCUAUUUCAAUGAGGCUUGGGGUGUUCUUCAUGAAAUGGGUGAGAAUGUAUGCCCAGCGGACAUCGCGACGGAUGAUGUGAUUAUUCAAGGCCUGGGGAAGAUGGGAAAGGCAGAUCUAGCCAGUGCUGUUCUUGAUAAACUAAUGAAGCAGGGCGGUUAUCUUGACAUUGUGAUGUAUAAUACCCUGAUUAAUGCACUGGGUAAAGCAGGUCGGAUUGAUGAAGCAAACAAGCUUUUUGAGCAGAUGAGGACUAGUGGGAUAAAUCCUGAUGUUGUCACUUAUAAUACACUCAUUGAAGUUCAUAGUAAGGCUGGUCGAUUAAUGGAUGCAUACAAGUUCUUAAAGAUGAUGUUGGAUGCUGGCUGUCCUCCAAACCAUGUGACCGACACAACCCUGGACUUUCUAGAGAAGGAGAUUGAGAAACUGAGAUACCAAAAGGCAUCAAUAAAACGGAUAAAUAAGGACGAUUCUUCUUGAAUAACUCAUUGGAGAAAGUUGGUCAAGAGUAAUCGAAACUUCUUUUGACCUUUGAGACAUUAAAUUACCUAAAAUUUGAGAUCUUUAUUUGGAAACAGUCUUGAAUGCUAUUGAAUCAGCAUCUUAUUUACCAAGCCACUGGCAGUUAGAUGGGUGCUAUUUUGCAGAUUCUUGAUAUUUGGUGCAAUUAUCGCAGAAAUAAGAUCAGAAGUGCCAUCCGGGGGGGUUCUGUUAAAUCAAUUGAUUUGGGGCGAUCACAUGGUUAGGUGGAGAAGUGAUAUGUCAAUCUGCGGAAAGCUUAUAUAUAUUAGAAACUUGAACAAAAGGGUUUUCUUUAACGUUGGAGUCCAUGGAACAACUUGAUAUUGGAGGUAAGCUCUUCUCACUCCUCAAUUUUGUGUAUAUGUAAACAUGCCAGACCAUGUUUUGUAGUAUCUACUCUACAUCCAGUAAUUAUCAAAUUGGUGCUUUGAAUUGAUGCAAAAUUGGGUUUAUCAAUUUUAUUUUUGCUAAGAUAGAGAGUUGAUGUAUUUUUUUGCUAAAAAGAAUUU